AUGACGUUGGAAGGCAUUAUGUUUAAAGAUUCGGUGUGCUUUAUUCCCAUGGCCUUACGCAAGUUCCCUGCCACCUUUGGAACGUCGGGAGGUGACAAGGGGCACUUUCCUCAUUUCUUUAACACUCUGGAAAAUGCGCAGUACGAAGGCCCUUACCCCAAUCCAGAGUAUUACGGCGUGGAAGACAUGGGCGAUAACGAAAAGGAAAAGUUCAUGGAGUGGUGGCGCGAGCAAGAGGGGAAAACGUUCAUCAUGAGAAAGGAGAUAGAAAAAUGUUGCAUUCAAGACGUGAUGGUUAUGGCUCGCGGAUGUCUAAAGUUUCGCAAACUCUAUGUAGAUAAGUUUAAUGUGGACCCCUUUGCAGAGUGUGUGACCAUUGCCUCGACCUGCUUGACGGUGUUCAAGAAGAACUUCUUGGAAUCAGAAGUUAUGGGAGUAGUUCCCCCCUUGGGAUACCGUCAACGCUAUAUCCAAUCUGUUCAAGCCUUGGAGUGGCUGUACUCGCUGGGCUUGCCCGAGCUGCGUUGGGCGGGUGGAACGCUGGGUGAGAUUACGUUGCAAGGAAGUAAAGUCGAUGGGUACGAUCGCCAGACCAACACCGUGUACCAAUUUCACGGUUGUUUUUAUCAUGGUUGCGAGGUGUGUUUCAAGCGAGGACAAGUCCACGCACACCUUGGAGUAACCAUGGGCGAUCUGUACGAUAAAAUGCGAGAGAGAACGUUGGAGUUGCGCAACGCAGGACAUCACGUGGUGGAAAUGUGGAGCCACGUGUGGGAUGUGGAACGCGAACAUCACGUUUUUCCCGAGUGGAUCAAGAACUUGGACCCCAUACUGUCUCGCGAAGCUUUAAUGGGAGGACGCACCAAUGCCGUGGGGUUGUACGCGAGGUACAGGUAG